AUGCCAAUACCAUCAUCCCUCACUCUACCUCAAACACUAGUCCUCACCGCAUUCGCAUCCGCAAUAGCCACCACUUCCGUCAUACUCUCCUACCAAGCUCUGAAGAGAGAACAUUACACUGAAAAACUCAAGAAACAAGUAGGAGAAGAUGUAGAAGUUUGGGAACAGUCAAGAGCUGGGAGCGGGGUCACGAGUCCUGAAGAGAGAGCGGAAUCACGAGCUAGAGGGGAGAAGGGGAAGAAGAAAUGGGAGGAAGGGGAAUUUGACGAAGGGUUGAUACGUGAGCAGCUCACGAGAAAUUACAACUUUCUAGGUGAAGAAUCCAUGGCAUUGGUCAGAAAAUCUUAUGUCGUCGUGGUUGGUUGUGGUGGUGUUGGAAGUUGGUGUGCUUUGAUGUUACUUCGAAGCGGCAUAGGUAGACUCCUUCUGAUAGAUUUCGACAUGACAACACUCUCUUCUCUCAAUCGUCACGCAUCAGCCACAUUGGAAGAUGUCGGUACACCAAAAGUCAUAGCCAUGCAAAAACAUCUUCAAUCUAUCGCCCCUUGGGCAAGAAUAGAAGUCAAAGUUGGUCUCUGGAAAAAAGGUCAAGGUGAAUCUUGGUUAGAAGGUGCGGAUUGGGUCGUGGAUGCUAUUGAUAAUAUCGAUACUAAAGUUGAUUUGUUGACUCAUUGUUAUAAGACUGGUAUAAAGGUGUUUUCGAGUAUGGGAGCUGGUGCUAAGAGGGAUCCUACGAGGGUUCAGAUUGCGGACAUCUCAAACACAUACGAAGACCCUUUAGCUCGUUCUGUCAGAAGAAGACUUCGAUUGAAUGGUGUUCCAUCUGGUAUUCCAGUCGUCUAUUCCACAGAAAUCCCAUCAACAAAACUCCUUCCCCUACCCGAAUCAGAAUUCCAACAAGGAAACAUAACACAUCUUCAACCAUUCGAUGAUUUCAGAAUCCGUAUCUUACCCGUAUUAGGUCCAUUACCAGCGAUAUUCGGUCUCAACAUCUCACUUUAUAUACUAUUAUCACUCUCGAAUAAACCUCUUAUAGAUCAAUUAGAGAUCAAAAACAGAUCAAAACUUUAUAAAUCAUUAGAACGUGGUUUGAUGGAAAGAGAACAAAAGAUUAAAAAAUCUUUAACACAAGAUAAGAAUUCAAUAACUCAUGAAGAUGUUGGAUUCGUUUUUGAAGAGAUUUAUCAUGGUAGAUCUACUAUACCACCUAGGAUAAUUUUACCUAAAACUUUUUGUAUAAGAUGGGAUGGGAAGGAAGAUGUUAAAGAAGAUAAUAUAGUUUUCAUGGGAUUGAAAGAUGUUGAGAUACAUGAGAAAGAAUGUUUGAGAGAAGGGAGGAGUCUUGAAGAUGUUUGGGGUAAAGAAGUUGUGGAUUACGUAGAAGGAAAAAGGGAAGAGAUCAGGAGAGUUUUGAAUUGUAGAAGGGGUUGA